AUGGCGGACAAUAGCACCGAAGCCACCUUCGAUGCCAAGAGUUGCACGAUCGAAACCUGCCCUAUCGAAACGUCUUACUAUGAAUAUCGACCGUCGUUAGCCGCGAACGUUGCACUGCCAGCCAUAUUUGCAGCGUCAUUCAUAGGUUUCGCAUUAACUAAAGUCUUCACUCGCCGGUCUCGGGGCCUGUUCUUUACUAUUGCGCUCUUGUUGGGGUUGGCAGCGGAGAUUGUCGGGUACAUUGGCCGGGUCAUGAGUUACAAUGACCCAUGGGAGAGCACUGGCUUCAUGAUUCAAAUCUGCUGCCUCACCAUCGCACCUGCAUUCAUCUCAGCUGGCAUCUACGUCUCGCUGCGGCCCAUCAUCGCUGCAUUUGGCCACCAUAACUCUCGCAUUCCCUCGCGGUGGUACACUCGAAUAUUCAUCCCCUGUGACGUGGUCUCUCUCAUCUUGCAGGGUACGGGUGGUGGCCUGGCCGCUGCAGGUGAUGAUAAAGCCACUACCGACAAUGGCACUGACAUCAUGAUUGCUGGCCUUGUCUUUCAGGUCGUCACGUUGUUGGUAUUUAUUGGACUUUGCGUUGACUUCAGUAUUUCAACAUUCCGCAAUUUCAAGGUUAAUGGGUCCACGGCGCUUAACGACGACCCAGCCGUAGUCAACAUCCGGCGGUCUGUUAUGUUCCGUGGCUUCCUGGCUGCACUUGCCUUGUCCACAACCUGUGUAUUCAUACGGUGCGUUUACCGUGUUGCCGAGUUGUCAGAAGGCUGGACUGGCCCUAUCAUGGCUCGCGAAGACUUGUUCAUUGCGUUUGAGGGCGGCCUGAUAUCAGUUGCCGUUCUCGUGCUGAACGUCUUCAAUCCGAUCAUCUGCUGUGGAUCCCUGCUGGACCCUCAGACCCAAAAGGGCCUCAAGGUGUCAGAUGGGGAGUACUCAAUGAAAAGCCUCAGUGAUGGUCGGGUACUAACUGCAGACGUGAUUGAAUCACCCCAACUGCCGUCGUGA